UAUAUAUAAUAGUUGUUUCGUGUCUCUGCCUCUGAAGAGUGGUGACAAAAACAAAUAUAAAGUGAUGCAGAGUCUGCAAGAGAAGGCUGCUGAAUGGAGCGGAGUUGAGACCACCCUUGCUUUCGCCAUUGACGACGAUGGCGGCGGCGCCAAUCUCUUUCAGAAAUUGGGCCUCCAAACCUUUAUUAACCUCUCCACCAAUUUCUACAACAGGGUUUAUAAUGAUGAGGAAGAAUGGUUUCGUUCAAUAUUUGGUAAGUCUAAGAAAGAAGAAGCAAUUCAAAAUCAAUACGAGUUUCUUGUUCAAAGAAUGGGUGGUCCUAUUCUCUACUCUCAGAGAAGAGGGCAUCCUGCUCUAAUAGCUAGGCAUGGAGCAUUUGAUGUGACACAUGAAGCUGCAGAGAGGUGGCUACAUCACAUGCAACAAGCAUUAGAUACCACUUCCGACAUAGAUGAUGACUCUAAGAUCAAACUCAUCAACUUCUUCAGUUAUUGAAAUCGGACCGGACUGUCCGGUGGUCCAAUUAAACCUGCGCUUCCACCAAUAAACCCACAACGUGUGGAUCAACUAUGUAAUGCCUUCCACAAAUGAAGAAGGCAAGGCUCGAACCUUGAACUUGGAAGAAGGAAAAGCUUUAACAAUGUCAUGCUGCCACCAAGCCAAGUGACUCUUCGAUAUAUAGCGCUAAUAAUUAUAUAUAUCAUACGAACACAUUUGAUUGCAACACAAUUUUUUUGUUGUAUACUUUAUAUCUGAUCAUAGUUAUAAAAGGUACCUUAUAUAUUGGGCAAAA